CGUCAAAUCAUAGAUUUUACAAUGAAGAAUUGAAAAAAAUAAGAACGUCACCUAACAAUUUCCAUCCUUAAUAAUUAUGUGCUUUUGAGUUCAAAUAAAAAUUUAACAGAACAUUAACAUACUAUGCGCCCUGUUUUCGUUUACAAAAAAUACUCCCAAUAUUUCAAAAAUGUGAAAAGAAUCGCUUGGUAUAUUUACUACACAUUCUAACAAAAAGCAAUAGUACAAAUCUCAAAUGAGUGCAGUAGCCUCGCCUGUUACAUGGAUGACAUAGUGGACUAUUUCGAAGAGUUCAUCAAAAAGUCCCUGGUUGUCAUCUCCGUGGCACUGGGGACGCUGAUCCUGAUGAUCAUGUACGUGUUCAAGAUGUUAGCCGCAAGACCCAACGGCCCACGUACCCUCUGUAAUGCAGAUCCUGAACUCAACCGUAGCAAAGCUUCAGUCCUAUCUGGCAAACGCUCCCAAUCCCGUUGCAAGUCCUCCUGCCCAUCAAUUAAUUCAGAACCGAAGAGUGUAAAUUCCUGUAUUUCGGAAACGGAAAGAUCGUGUUCAGUUUGUUCGAAUCCGGAAAAAUCGAGUUCGGUGUGUUCGACUACGAAUAAAUCGUGUUCGGUUUGUUCGAAUCCGAAAAAAUCCACUUCGGCUUGUUCGAAUCCGGCUAAUUGCCAAGUUAUGGAUUCAUCGACAAGCAACACCUUACUUACCGCGAAAACAGCGUCUAUAUCAGCCCAAGUUACAUCGCAUCCAAAGUUUGAUAAGAAGACCCUAAGAGAAGUUGGAUUGUCUGGCUGUACCAAGGUCUGUAGAUCGCGCAGUCGAACAAUGGGAAACUCAAAUUCAGAUUGCAGAUCUGGACCGAAAACUAUAGAAAUUACUAAGACUCCAUCUGAGCAAAUGUGCAGAGCGAAAAGUUAGCCACUUAUUUAUAACAUCAUUUAGCCAAUUCUCGACCCUGUAACAAAUACAUAGGAAUAAGAACCUCUUGUUGUUCUAUGUGCUGCGUAGAUGAUGACAGGCGGUGAUGAAUAAAAACGGUUACGCUUAACUACACUCUAGGAACACCAUUUUAAAGUUCAAAAUGAUUUGCCGAUAACAAUUUAGUAAAAAAAUAAAUAUUUCUGCAGAUUAUUUUGCAUAGAUAUUACGAGAGCUUGACGUGCGCAUAGAAUGUUAUAAGUUAGGUGAUAAUAUUAUACUUAAUUUUGUAGUGUAUUUGUGUCUUGUUAUUAAUUUAUUAGUACUUUUAAUAUACUUAAAUUAUAAUUUUGAUAAUGUUCGUAUUAGUACCUAAACGUCAAAAAUAAAAAGUCAUUAUAUAAGGUUAUGAUUAUUUAUAAACUUGCUUCGGCUCAGUUGCAUUUUCGUUGAUCGCUUUGCAAAAUUGCAUGCCAAUUAAUUUAGUAAUUUAGAAGAUUUAACGAAAGCAGGUUCCUAUAUAUUUAUAAAUAGUGAACAAUUACAGUAAUAAAGUUAUUUAUACAUAACAACAUAA